GGUUUAUGGAUAGAGAAGAGCUGCCGCGUGAGAUCCUGGUGCACAUCCUCCGUCGCCUUGGAUUCGAGGACAGGUAUGCGGCUGCGACGCUCGUAUGCAAAGCCUGGCGCGAUGCCGUCACAGAUCCCGCCUGCUGGGAUGUCGCAAGUGUGGAGGAAUGCUUUGAGAGGAGGCUCGAGGUUGUGCUCUGGUCCACUGACGAAUUCGAGGAGAGGAUCGACGCCAUGGUGAAAAAUGUGGUGGAUUGGAGCCGGGGAGGCCUCCGCGAGCUCCACGCCCGCCACUGCUCCAAUGCGGCCCUCGUCUACGUUGCCUCGAAAUGUCCGCGCCUCCAAUCGCUCUCGAUGAGAGACAGCCCCAACCUCACCGACGUCGCAGGCGCUGCCAUCGCCGCAGCGUGCCCGGAGCUCCGGGAACUGGAUCUCUCCAACACCAAGUGCAUCUCGCUCGAAUGCUUCAAGCCCUGCAAAUCCCUGGUAAGUCUCAAGAUGAAUUCCCCCGAUCGUCGCCGUCUUGUUCCCCUAGGAUACCGCGCAUUGCAGGGCGCGGCAUUCGCAAGUGCGAUGCCGGGGCUGGAAGUUCUGGAAUUCAGGAAUGGUGCUCUCUCGGAUGCGGACCUCCAAUCGAUCUUAGACGGCUGCUCCAAGAUCCGCCACUUAGAUUUGCGUGGCUGCCAGGGGCUGUCCAACGCGGCGGUGGAAGCGGCGAGCUCGAUCGUCCCUUGCUUCCUCAAGCCUCUCCCGCGCUUGGACGAGCCAGAAUUCCCUCGCUAUGGGCACUGGCAGCUCUACAGCGAGAGAUUCCAGCCCGAAUUCCAGUUCUAGCACAGUCUCGAAUCAUCGAUUCCUCGCUCGGGCGAAGGAUAGAGAAAUUGGAAAUAAUUCAAUCCGCUUGCCAGGAGCCCUAGCCGGUUUUACUUGGAUUUUUAAAAAAAGAGCGAUGGUGCGAA